AUGGAAAAGCUGCUUUUCCUGCGUAUCCUCCAAGAUCUCACUGCAAACUUCCCAUACUUUCUCCAAAAACCAGACUGUACUGGUAAAUUAGGCUUGAGUCCUCACCAGAAGAUCACUGCGGCCAUCCGACAGCUAGCCUACGCCAUUCCCCUUGACGCGACCGAUGAUUACUGCCGUUGUGGUAAAUAA